AUGUACCAAACUCUCCCAUUUCUUCAAAAUAAAAGCCAUUUGAUAUAUCGCGUCCAAGUGAGCCACUGCCACAAUCUCAUCGCUUAUAAGCAGCACAAUGGAGCACGUGGUAGCGUCGUCCGAAGCUACCAGGUCCACUUGAUGCGCUGCCGGCGCCACGAACGCCAUCUCCUCCGCCAGAAUGUGAACACUCGUCAGUCCACAGUCACGCGUUACCACCGUGACCGAAUGAGCACCAAAGAGCCCUCUGAGUAUUUUGCACAGCGUCGAGGCGGACGGGUACGCGGCGCUGAGGGCUACCACAAAGAAGACAUAUCGGCGCUACUUACGUGUGUGAAAGCCGUGCUACCAGCGACCACUGAGGAAUGGGACCAGGUACUAGAUGAAUAUCGCCGGACGCACGCGAUCCCCAACACUCGCGCGCAACGUGACACCAGCUCUCUCAAGUCCAAAUUCAAGCAGUUGGCGCGUAGUUUUAAGUACGGUGUGGACGCUCGCCCCGAUGUGCAGGAGGCUGGAGCCAUCAUGGACCUAAUUGAGGCCAAAAUGACGGACGGUCAAUGUCUGCAGCGACGAGGAGGCAGAGCGAAGGGCGCCGAGGGCUUCACGUCUGCAGAUUCACUAGCCAUUCUCAGCAUUGUACGACGUUUUCUACCUGUUCAAAGGUCAGACUGGGAGCAUGUUGCAGAGGAGUAUUGCAGAGAGUACGCGGAACCCAACGAGAGGCUCAGCCGAGACGGUUCGUCACUCAAAAACAAGUUUCGCAAUUGGCUAAAGGGAGACACGACGAAUAUGCUACGUGCGGAAGUUACUGAGGCUCUGGCUAUUCAAGAGGAGAUUGAUGCCAGACUGAAAAAGGUUGCAAGGGAUUAUGCAUCGCUGGAACAUGAUAAGGAAGAGAUCGCAAGCAAAGUAGCUAACGCUAUUGAAGACCGAAGGGGAAGUGACACUGAGAGCAAUGGCACGGAGGAGGUAAACGGUCAUGAAAUAGUCACUGAGACCCAGGAAGGAGAUAAAACGCCACUUACAGCGCCUCGGCGUGGAGGGAGAACGCUGGGAUCCGAAGGAUACUCCCACUCGGACACGAGGGCUUUGCUUGCCUGUGUCAAAGAGAUUCUACCGUCAGGACCGACUGGUUGGGAUCAAGUAUUGCAACUGUACCGAGAGAAUCACGCGACUCCCAAAAGCCGUUCGCAGAGGAACCCGACGGGAAUCAAAAUCAAGUUUAGACAGCUUGUAAACUGGAAACCAGUUUUUAGAAAACCCACGCCCGACACAGUGCUCGAAGCCCGUGCCAUCCAAAGGCAAAUUAAUCAGCACGGAAGUCAUGGAAAGCGCACACAUUCUGAAAGCGGGUCUUACGCCUCUUUCGCACAUACAACGGAAGUAAAAGCCCCGGAAACCCGCGAAGAGCGUUGUCCUGCUUUACCGCGCAACGACGAAGAUCUGGGUCGACAAAACGAGGGUACCUCAGAGUGGUCAUCACCUGCUGAGCCUGUAGUUAAACGACGGAAGUCAGAUAUUGCAGCGGUAGUGCAACUGGAUGCUGAUGUUCGUACUGAAAUUGCGACUCGAGAGCUCGAAUUGCUGCAUCAACGCGAGCAACGCGAGGCUGAGCAGGCAACGUGGGAGAAAGAACGGGCUUUGCGAGAGAAGCAGCGUAUGGACAUGGAAGCCUGGACCUUCGUGUGUGAUCGUCUACGUGCGCUGUACCGCGAGCAGGCGACAGAGAAAACACCCGAGAUUAUCAGUGAGAUCGAAGAAGAGAUCGCUGUCCUCAAGAAGAAGAAACAGCGACUCGCGACCUUGAUGGAAUGA